AGGAAGGAGAGAGAGAGGAGAGAGAGAGAGAGAGAGAGAGAGGAUGGCGGGGAUGGGGGAUGGGUACGUGGGGACGGCGCAGGAUGCGGUGAGGAUACGGCGGCUGGAGAAGCAGCGGGAGGCGGAGCGGCGCAAGAUCCAGGAGCUCAAGACCAAGUCCGCCGCAGCCGGAGGACAGACUGGCCUCCUCCAGUUCGGCUCCGGCACCUCCGAGAUUCUUGAGACUGCAUUUAAAAAGGAAACAGUUGGUUUAGUUACAAGAGAGCAAUAUGUUGAGAAGAGAGUCAACAUCCGGAGCAAAGUUGAGGAAGAAGAGAAGGAAAAGCUUCAAAAAUUGCAACAAGAAGAAGAUGAACUUCAGUUACAAAAAAGGAAAAAGAGGAGAGUGAAGGGAGACCCGCGGCUAUCCUUUGUUGAUGAUAUCGAGAAUGAAAGUGAUGAAGAUGACGCUGAGAACCAGGAAAAUCAAGGAGUGAAAAGGCUUGGCCAGGGGAAGCUUGGGAAAGAUCCGAGUGUUGAGACUAGCUUUUUACCCGACAGGGAGAGAGAGGCAGAGGAACAAGAGGAACGAGAAAGAUUGAGGAAACAGUGGCUUCGUGAACAGGAGAUGAUCAAAAAUGAACCGCUUGAAAUUACUUACAGUUAUUGGGAUGGAACAGGCCAUAGAAGAGUUAUCCAGGUUCGGAAAGGUGAUACCAUAGGAGAAUUCUUGCGAGCUGUUCAGCAGCAACUUGCGCCUGAGUUUCGAGAAGUACGGACAACAUCUGUGGAGAAUCUUCUCUAUGUGAAAGAAGAUUUAAUAAUUCCUCACCAACACAGUUUCUACGAGCUAAUCAUCAACAAAGCGAGGGGCAAAAGUGGACCGCUUUUCCACUUUGAUGUUCAUGAAGAUGUGCGUACUAUAGCUGAUGCGACCAUAGAGAAAGAUGAGUCUCAUGCUGGAAAGGUUGUGGAGAGACAUUGGUACGAGAAGAACAAGCAUAUCUUUCCCGCCUCGAGAUGGGAGAUAUACGACCCGACUAAGAAGUGGGAGCGCUAUACAAUCCACGGGGAUUAAGCUCGGAGUGUGCGUAAGCUGAGAUUUGGGUUCUCGCUUUGUAGUUUAUAUGUAACCCACUUUAGACUUUGUUGAAGCCUCUUUGCUCAGAGUAGGAUCUGCAAUUGAUCACAGUUUAUGCUCCUUUUCUUCGCACUGUAAAAGAUAUUGAGUUCUUGUUGGAGAAAGUGUAAUAUCACCUCCUUCGCGAAGAUGAUGGUGUAAUCUUAUGAUGUAGUCGUAUUUUUGUUAA